AUGGUGGGUCCUGAAGAAACCUUGAAAACAUAAGUAUAUAAAGCUUAUCAUUGGCGCUGGUUAGUUCUAUUCGCUUUUUGCACAUUCAGGUACUUUUUAUUUAUAAGUUAUGUUUUUCAAAUGCACUUGGAUUUGUAUAAUAUUCUCCAAUACUUACUCUAGCAGCCAAAUAUUAUAGUGUUACUGAUUAAGAUAUUGUAUGGUUUAGCAAUUGCUACUAUAUUACAUAUGUCGCAUUUUGUCUACUUUCUAUACGGCCUCUUGAAAAAAGAUUAGAUUUAUCUCUAUUUCUUGCAGCAUUUUUAAGUGCUUUAGGUAACAAUUAUAUUAAAAUAGUUUAGGCUCAUGGUUUAUUUAUAUAGCUGAAUAAACGUAUUCUUUUGCAUUAUUGGGAUUUAUUUUAAUAGGAAUGGGUUAAAUAUUUAUUUUAGCAGCACCAGCAUGUAAAUUUAUUAGAUUAAUCUAAUAGAUAUCUCAGAAAGAUGGUUUCCGAUGCAUGAAAGAAAUAUAUCCACAAGUUUAGGUAGUUUUUUCAGUUUGGUCGGAUUAAAUUUUUCAAUCGUAUAUGCUUCAAUCACAUUUUAAAAUGUUACUGAUUAAGAUGAGAUUAUGUAUGAGAUAGAUUUGAUGAAUUUAUUAUUCGCUAUAUUUACAACUAUGGCAUUUUUAUUUUGUGUAAUAAUGAUUAGAAAUAAACCAGCUAAUCCUCCAUCAAUAUCAGCUGUAAGAAUGAAUAUAUAUAUAUAAGGCAACCGAAAAAAUGCUUAUUUUACCAUCUAUCAAAAGAGCAUUUAAUAGUUUUGAAUCAAUAAUGGAUUUAAUGACAUUUUCUAUGUUUAUUGGAGUUUCUUGGUCAUAUAUGGUUGUAAUGACAAUUCUUUUGACUCCAUUUAAUUAUACAACUGAAUAAAUAGGCUACGUAAGUAUUGUUUAUGCAGCUACUGGAGCUGUUGGUGGUAUUUUAGCAAGUAUCUAUGUGGAUUAUUAAAUCAAAAAUAACACAAAACCUCAUUAUGAUUAUUUAAUAAAAGGUUUUUUGACAAUAGGAGUGUUAGGAAUUUUAAUAAAGGCAUUAGUAAUAAAUUAUGUUGAUGAUACAGCAAUUGUAGUUUUGUCAGGAAUCAUUGGUUUUGGAUUAAAUUCAUUUCUACCAUUAGCAAUGUAGUGUUAUAUUGAGAAACUCUUUCCAUCAUUUGAAUUAGUUUUGACUACAGCCAUUAUGCAAAUGUCAAAUGUAAAUUUAUUACUUAUUAAUCUAAAGUUAUUUGGAUUCAUCUUGAAUUAUAUAUUGAUUUUAGAUGUGUUUCUUGAUUUUGGAUUGUGGGUCAUUUUGAUAGCUAUAGCACCAUUUUAUUUUUAUUUAAUAUUUGGUUUUAAGACAAAGUUCCUUAGAUUGGAAAUGGAGUAACAAUGA